GCCGCGCCUGCGCAGGCCGCCUACUAUGGCGGCUGCCUGAGCCGGGUCCCUGUAGCAUAUCGUGGACUUCCUUCUGCAGCCCGUGGCAGGUGCUGCUGUCCCAUGAUUCAUGUAGAGCCCGGCCAUGGUAGCUGGCCCCCACCCCAGCCAUGGACGAGGUCACCUUCAAAAGUGACACUGUGCUCUCAGAUGUCCACCUCUACACCCCGAACCACAGGCACCUCAUGGUGCGGCUGAAUGGCAUGGGACAGCCUGUUUUCCUGUCCCAGUUCAAGCUUCUGUGGAACCAAGACUCUCAGACAGACUCCGGGGCUGAGGGUGGCCGUCAUGGCAUGGGUCCUGCAGAGCAGACAUCGGCUUCUGGGCCAGGCAGCACCAGGCCCCCUCUGGGGAGUGGCUGCAGUAGUGACGCCACCAGCCAGGAGGGGGUGGGAGCUCGGCUUGAUGAGGACGGGGAUUUGGACGUCGAGAGGAGACCGCGGGCAGCUUCGGACGCCGAGCCAGCAGAGCCUCCAAGAGACAAGGUACAUCCCACGAUUCUAACACAGGAGGAAGAUGACCCCCUGGCAGACGAAGCACGAGAGAGCAGCCCCCAGGAUGUCAUCAGAAUAGAGCACACCAUGGCCACCCCCCUGGAGGAUGUUGGCAAGCAGGUGUGGCGGGGUGCCCUGCUCCUGGCCGACUACAUCCUGUUCCAACGGGACCUCUUCCAGGGACGCACCGUGCUGGAGCUCGGGGCGGGCACGGGGCUGGCCAGCAUCAUCGCAGCCACCGUGGCGCGUACCGUUUACUGUACAGAUGUCGGUGCAGAUCUCUUGGCCAUGUGCCAGCGAAACAUUGCCCUCAACGGCCACCUGACUGCUGCUGGAGGCGGUGUAGUUAAGGUCAAAGAACUGGACUGGCUCAAAGACGACCUGUGCACUGACCCGGAGGUCCCCUUCAGCUGGUCGCAGGAGGACGUUUCCGACCUAUACAGCCACACCACCAUCCUGCUCGCGGCCGAGGUGUUUUACGAUGAUGACCUCACCGACGCUCUGUUUAGAACGCUGUCCCGCCUCAUUCACAAACUGGAAAAUGCCUGCACAGCCAUUCUGUCUGUGGAGAAGAGGCUGAACUUCACGCUCAGACACCUGGACGUCACGUGCGAGGCCUACGACCACUUCCGCUCCUGGCUGCAGCAGCUGGAGAGGCUCGCGGAUGGCCGACUGCGCUUCACAGUGGAGCCGGUGGAGGCCUCCUUCCCGCAGCUCCUGGUCUACGAGCGCAUCCAGCAACUGCAGGGCAGAAAGAGCAGCCCAAAGCUGCCAACCAUCAGAAGCAGCCCCUCGCUCCCGCGCCAGCGCGCAUGCUGCCCAUGGUUCGUGUGCCGUGGGACUCUUGUCCUUUGCUGAUUACUCCCUCUCUGACACUGUGACGGCUCCUUUGU